GCAGAGCCGCCAGCCAUGCCCGGGAUCGUGGUGUUCCGGCGGCGCUGGUCUGUGGGCAGUGAUGACCUCGUCCUGCCAGCCAUCUUCCUCUUCCUCCUGCACACCACCUGGUUUGUGAUCCUGUCCGUGGUGCUCUUCGGCCUGGUCUACAACCCGCACGAGGCCUGCUCCCUGAACCUGGUGGACCACGGCCGCGGCUACCUGGGCAUCCUCCUGAGCUGCAUGAUCGCCGAGAUGGCCAUCAUCUGGCUGAGCAUGCGCGGGGGCAUCCUCUACACGGAGCCCCGCGACUCCAUGCAGUACGUGCUCUACGUGCGCCUGGCCAUCCUGGUGAUCGAGUUCAUCUACGCCAUCGUGGGCAUCGUCUGGCUCACUCAGUACUACACCUCCUGCAACGACCUCACUGCCAAGAACGUCACUCUCGGGAUGGUUGUCUGCAACUGGGUGGUCAUCCUCAGCGUCUGCAUCACUGUCCUCUGCGUCUUCGACCCCACGGGCCGCACCUUCGUCAAGCUGAGAGCCACCAAGAGGAGGCAGCGCAACCUGCGGACCUACAACCUGCGGCACCGCUUAGAAGAGGGUCAGGCCACCAGCUGGUCGCGCCGGCUCAAAGUGUUCCUCUGCUGCACCCGGACAAAGGACUCCCAGUCAGAUGCCUACUCGGAAAUCGCCUACCUCUUUGCUGAGUUUUUCCGGGACCUCGACAUCGUGCCGUCCGACAUCAUUGCUGGCCUGGUGCUGCUCCGGCAGCGGCAGCGAGCCAAGCGCAACGCUGUGCUGGACGAGGCAAACAAUGACAUCUUGGCCUUCCUGUCUGGGAUGCCAGUGACCAGAAACACCAAGUACCUCGACCUCAAGAACUCGCACGAGAUGCUCCGCUACAAAGAGGUCUGCUACUACAUGCUGUUUGCCCUGGCCGCCUACGGGUGGCCCAUGUACCUGAUGCGGAAGCCCGCCUGCGGCCUCUGCCAGCUGGCUCGGUCCUGCUCGUGCUGCCUGUGCCCUGCAAGACCCCGGUUCGCCCCUGGAGUCACCAUUGAGGAAGACAACUGCUGCGGCUGUAAUGCCAUUGCCAUCCGGCGCCACUUCCUGGACGAGAACAUGACUGCGGUGGACAUCGUCUACACUUCAUGCCAUGACGCGGUCUAUGAAACACCCUUCUACGUGGCUGUGGACCAUGACAAGAAGAAGGUGGUGAUCAGUAUCCGGGGGACCCUGUCCCCCAAGGAUGCCCUGACCGACCUGACCGGCGAUGCUGAGCGCCUCCCUGUGGAGGGCCACCACGGCACCUGGCUGGGCCACAAGGGAAUGGUCCUCUCAGCUGAGUACAUCAAGAAGAAGCUGGAGCAGGAGAUGGUCCUGUCCCAGGCCUUCGGGCGAGACCUGGGCCGCGGAACCAAACACUACGGCCUGAUCGUGGUGGGCCACUCCCUGGGCGCAGGCACUGCUGCCAUCCUCUCCUUCCUUCUGCGCCCACAGUACCCGACCCUCAAGUGCUUUGCCUACUCCCCGCCAGGGGGCCUGCUCAGCGAGGAUGCGAUGGAGUACUCCAAGGAAUUUGUGACUGCUGUGGUCCUGGGCAAAGACCUCGUCCCCAGGAUUGGCCUGUCGCAGCUGGAAGGCUUCCGCAGACAGCUCCUGGAUGUGCUACAGCGAAGCACCAAGCCCAAAUGGCGAAUCAUCGUGGGGGCCACCAAAUGCAUCCCCAAGUCAGAGUUGCCUGAGGAGGUGGAGGUGACCACCCUGGCCAGCACGCGGCUCUGGACCCACCCCAGUGACCUGACCAUUGCCCUUUCGGCCAGCACCCCGCUGUACCCACCCGGCCGCAUCAUCCACGUGGUCCACAACCACCCUGCGGAGCAGUGCUGCUGCUGUGAGCAGGAGGAGCCCACCUAUUUUGCCAUCUGGGGUGACAACAAGGCCUUCAACGAGGUGAUCAUCUCGCCGGCCAUGCUGCAUGAGCACCUGCCCUACGUGGUCAUGGAGGGCCUCAACAAGGUACUAGAGAACUACAACAAGGGGAAGACAGCUCUGCUUUCUGCUGCCAAGGUCAUGGUGAGCCCCACUGAGGUGGACCUGACUCCCGAACUCAUCUUCCAGCAGCAGCCACUCCCCACCGGGCCGCCUAUGCCUGCUGGCCUCGCCCUGGAGCUGCCAGCCGCAGACCACCGCAACAGCAGCGUGAGGAGCAAGUCCCAGUCUGAGAUGAGCCUGGAGGGUUUCUCCGAGGGGCGGCUGCUGUCCCCGGUGCCUGCUGCCGCGGCAGCCCGCCAGGACCCCGUGGAGCUGCUGCUGCUGUCCACCCAGGAGCGGCUGGCGGCAGAGCUGCAGGCACGGCGGGCGCCGCUGGCCACCAUGGAGAGCCUGUCGGACACGGAGUCGCUGUACAGCUUCGACUCGCGCCGCUCCUCGGGCUUCCGCAGCAUCCGCGGCUCGCCCAGCCUCCACGCCGUGCUGGAGCGUGAUGAGGGCCACCUCUUCUACAUCGACCCCGCCAUCCCCGAGGAAAAUCCGUCCCUGAGCUCGCGCACCGAGCUGCUGGCAGCCGACAGCCUGUCCAAGCACUCUCAGGACACGCAGCCCCUGGAGGUGGCCCUGGGCAGCGGGGGUGUCACUCCCGAGCGGCCCCCCAGUGUGGCCAAUGAGGAGGAGGAAGAGGUGGGUGGUGGGGGUGGCGGGGCGGCCCCCUGCGGGGAGCUGGCACUGCACAACGGUCGCCUGGGGGACUCGCCCAGCCCUCAGGUGCUGGAAUUCGCGGAGUUCAUCGACAGCCUCUUCAACCUGGACAGCAAGAGCAGCUCCUUCCAGGACCUCUACUGCAUGGUGGUGCCCGAGAGCCCCACCAGCGACUACGCCGAGGGCCCCAAGUCCCCCAGCCAGCAAGAGAUCCUGCUGCGUGCCCAGUUCGAGCCCAACCUGGUGCCCAAGCCCCCGAGGCUCUUUGCCGGCUCAGCCGACCCCUCCUCGGGCAUCUCACUGUCGCCCUCCUUCCCACUCAGCUCCUCGGGUGAGCUCAUGGACCUGACGCCCACGGGCCUCAGCAGCCAGGAGUGCCUGGCAGCGGACAAGGUCCGGACUUCUACGCCCACCGGCUGCGGGGCCAGCCCCGCCAAGCAGGAUGAGCUGGUCAUCUCAGCACGCUAG